GGCUCCGCCCCUGCGCCCACAUUCACAUUCGCCUGCGCCUCGAUCUCCCGUACGCUCAGUGUCCCUGAUACUUCGGAAGCGCGAAGCCAGUGCGAGAGCAUGUCCUUGCCGGCAUUGGGGUUGCUCAUCCGCUUCCGCAAAGCCGCUGACGUGGUCCUGUACAGUCUGCCCAUCGGCAGCAGCAGCAUCCAACUAGUUAACGGGUUGACAAGGAUGCGCAGGGGCACGAGGAAGAAACCAGCGGCGGCUGCGAAUUUGCUGAGCGCGAUGUUGUUCCGCAACGUUCCGCCUACAUCGCGGCCCUGCUGCCGUCAGCUCAAAGUCUUGGAGGGACUCUAGCCAUGAGCAUGGUCACUAGCAAGGACGACAACCUCCAGCUGCUGUAGAAUAUGACGUACCGCUUUGAUGAAACCAAACGGCUCCGAGAUAGAGUGGAUCUGCGAAAUUACCCAAGAGCCAUGAGCGAGUCCGAUAUUUCUCUUCAACGCCUCUGUGCAGCACUACCCCAUUUUACAGAAGGAGUUUUAAACUACCUCUCGGGCUCAGAAGCCGCAAGUUUUCUCGCCGCACUCAACAUCUUGGGGGAUAAAGAAUGGAAGCGUACGAGGGAUCAAUUCGUUUCCUUACUCCGAGACGUGCCUGAACAUUCACCUUGGAUCGAGGGUUUGAUGAGCAAAGGACACAAAGUGUUCUUAGUCGGCCGCGACAUGACUAUCUGGAAGAAACGACUCGAAGAUCCUGUCGGCUAUUGGAAAGAACAUUCUGACCCUUGGAACGAGGAACCCCUCAAAGUCUGGAUAGCGGUCAGGAUUGUUACUGAUAUGUUCAAGAAGCCAUCAACCUCUCAUGGACUUCAAAACCGCUAUUAUCAUCCAUAUGGAACCGAUGUCAACGGCAACAUCUUCACCAAAAUCCCCAAACAACGUCUCGGUAGACAUAUACUAAGACGUAAUAUUCUCCCAGUCUCUGGAGACGUCCAGCCUACACAAAGCGUGGCGUGGAGGAGAUCGACGAAGCCCAAUCUCAACAAUAUUAGGGUUGUAUGGGCAGACUUCCCUGAUGGCUCAGAACACUCUACCCCUCACGUUAGGAUAUGCCCUAUUCAAGGAAAUUCCCGAAGGACAAACGAUGCUAUGAACGGUAACCAUUAUCGACAAAAUCACAGCUGUCUUCUACUUCCACCAGGAGCCGUCUGUGAGAUCUCACCUAUUCGAAAACUCUGCCCUUUCAUGCCAUAUAUUGAUUUGGGUGACGGGAAGCUUCAGGAAUGCGAGGUCAUUGAUCCCUUAAAUCGAGGCAGUGUGAAAAAUAAGUUUGCUCUUCUUAUCGAGUUCUCGUGCUACGGGGCGCAAGAUGAUCCAACUCGACCUCUUGGUUUGGAUGUGUGUCGCACUUUACAGGGUAUUCUAUUAUAGAUGGUAACUACCAUGAAUAGAUGAGUAUUCUCUCAGUACCAUGUCACGUAUCGAAGCGGCGAAAGUGGACCAUGCAGCCCACCGCCACCAUCGGCCAAGUAGCAGUCGAUCGGAGCGUUGUGGCGAUGAUCAACCAGGCCACAAGGUAAGUAGCUGAUCUGGGCCGGGCCCUUGGACGACAUGAGAGCGCCUCGAUUGGUGGGCGGAUCGGAUAUGAUAUCUAGACGAUCCCUGGGUCUUGGGUGGGUACUUGAGCAAGUGUGUCACGGUCCAGUCUCCCCCUAUAUGCAGC